UUAACAAACACCCAAGCAAAGACACCCACUGGUGAGUUGCCUCCGUCUCUCCCGCGUCCCGAUUCCCCAACGCAACGCCCGAGCAAACCCUCCCCACCGCCCGCGCCAUGGGCGGCGAGAUGCCCGGCACAGACGGCAAGGGCGCCCCCGCCUCCGCUUCCGGGUUCCCGCCGUCGGCGCCGCCGUACCAUCCUCAUCAUCAUCAGCAGCAGCACCAGUACGGCACCUUCGGGGCCCCGUCCGCCUCCGCCGAGUUCCCGCAGCCGGCGGUCGGGUUCCCCCAGCCUGCUCCGCCGCAUGGGUUUCGAAACUACCCGCCGCCGCCUCCGCCGUCAUACGCGGUCUACCCUCCUCUGCAGCCUUUUUCGCCCGCCGCGCCCUACUACGCCCAGGGCUACCAGGCCGUGCAAGGUUAUAUACCUGUUGUUGAAGGAAGACCUGUGAGGAUGCGACGCCUUCCAUGCUGUGGCCUUGGCAUGGGUUGGUUUCUGUUCAUUAUUGGCUUUUUCUUUGCUGCCAUUCCGUGGUAUGUUGGAGCUUUUGUUCUGAUCUGCGUCCGAGUACAUGACUACAGGGAGAAACCAGGAUAUGUUGCUUGUACUAUUGCUGCUUCACUUGCUGCAAUUGCCAUGUUGCUUGGUGCCACAAAAGGAGCAGAGGUGUGGUGAGCUGGCUUUGAUCAUCGGCGGUGUGCUUAUAAUAUAUGCAUUUCAUUCUCCCCUUACUAUGCUGGGUAUUCUGAGUUGUACAUGUAUGCGUAGAAUAGAUAUAAUGGAAGGAGACUGAUUCACUGUCAUAUGUGUUGUAUGACCUAUAAUCGUAGAAUGAUAGUAUUUAUCUUUCUGUUAAAAA